AUGACCAGCUCGCCAUCUACAACACCAACCACCCCUGUGCUAGCAGGCGUCGACUCACGAUCAGCCACCGCCAGCGAAACAACCUGCGACCCGAAUCCAAAUUUACCGGCAACCCCCGGCUCCACAACGCCUGGGGUUGUGGAGCACAACCUGCACCUACAACCCACUCUGCACCGGACGCAGACAACCCGUCUGACUCAUAUGGCGAAGACGUCUCUCACUAGCGUCCAGGCUUCUGGAGUCUCCAUCACUAUCUGUCCCUAUGCUUCUGGAGUCUCCAUCACGAGCGUCCAGGCUUCAGGAGUCUCCAGCACGAGCGUCCAGACUUCUGGAGUCUCCAGCACUAGCGUCCAGACUUCUGGGGUCUCCAUCACUAGCUUCCAGGCUUCUGGAGUCUCCAGCACUAGCGUCCAGACUUCUGGAGUCUCCAGCACGAGCGUCCAGGCUUCUGGAGUCUCCAGCACUAGCGUCCAGACUUCUGGAGUCUCCAGCACUAGCGUCCAGACUUCUGGAGUCUCCAGCACGAGCGUCCAGACUUCUGGAGUCUCCAGUACGAGCGUCCAGGCUUCAGGAGUCUCCAGUACGAGCGUCCAGGCUUCAGGAGUCUCCAGCACGAGCGUCCAGACUUCUGGAGUCCUCCAGCACUAG